ACAAAGACAAAAAAGAGAAAAAAAAAAUGUCAUUGGUCAUAGACCAUGGACCUUGUUAUGGUCUCAUCGUGUAAAUCGGGGCAGGUAAACACAAGCAGACUGUUAGAUGUUCAUUCAUUGUCUAUCCUACGCGAAGUCAGACCAGACCUAGAAAACCAGAACAUGAUGGGGAAUCUCCCACUCGACUUAAUCGCCGACAUACUCAGCCGUUUACCUGUUAAGUAUGUGCUCCGUCUCAGAUGCGUUUCGAAGGCGUGGCGAUCUUUGAUUGGCGAUCCUGAUUUCAUCAAGCUGCACCUCCGCCACUCCCUCGAGUCGCGCACUAACCACACCCUCAUCCUCAAAAGCUCCGAUCUUUACGCCGCUGAUCUCGCUUGUCUCGGCCCUUUUGCCAAGCUCGAGCACCCUUUGAUGAGUUACAACCAUGGAGUCAAGAUCUUGGGUUCUUGCAACGGCUUGCUCUGUAUCCGUAACAUAGUGGAAGACAUGGCUAUUUGGAACCCGUACACUAGAAAGCACCAAGUUUUACCUUCUCUGAGUUCUUGCAAUGCUUACGUGUACGGAUUCGGUUACGACACUGUUUCUGAUGAUUACAAAGUGGUUAAAAUUAUGCAGCUUGGCGGGGUUGAUGGUAAGGCUCUGGAAUCAGAAGUUAAAAUUUGCAGUUUGAAGAGACUUGCGUGGAGAAGAAUUCCAGAUAUCCCUUGUAUAUUUUCGUUCCCUGGAGUCAAUGGGGUUUUUGCAAGUGGAGCUUUACACUGGGUUCUGACUCAUAAAGUUCAACUUUCCGAGGAAAAUGUAAUUGUUGCGUUGGAUUUAGCGGCUGAAAAGUACAGGGAAAUUCCACAACCCGAAUACAUAGAUAAGAGAUUUCAAUUGGAUGUGGGAGUUUUGGGAGGAUGUUUAUGUGCAAUAGCUAAUUAUGAUGAUGUUCGAGUUGAUCUUUGGGUGAUGAAGGAGUAUGGGUUAAAGGAGUCUUGGACUAGACUAUUUUCUGUUGCAAGAGAAGAGGUGAUUGGUCCUUUGAGGUAUGUGAAGCCUCUGGCUUACUCAAGGAGUGGUGAUCAAGUUUUGUUGGAACACAAUAGUAUGAAUCAUUUCUGGUAUGAUUUGAAGGAGAGGAAAGCUAAUGAUAUCUGGUUCGACGAUAUGCGCUUUUCCUGUGAAACAGAGAUUUGCUUGCAAAGCCUUGUUUCACUCUAUGUCAACAGAAGGCAACUUAAUCGAGAGGACAAUGGGGAUAUCCAGAAAAUGGAUGAUUUCUUGUCAGAGGGGUUCAAAUUGGUGUUAUAGUCAAGUGAAAAAAAGAAGAAUGGCUGCAGGAGUGGAAAAGAGUCUCAGACUCCUUUGUAGAAGUCAGCUGCUGUGUAGACAAGAGCAAGCGGCAAAAUGCUAUUGGAAGAGAGACAGAUCGAGUUCCAAUCAAAAUACUUUCUCUGCCUUUUGAUCUGUGUUGGUGGCUCUUUUUGGCUAAGUAGUGUUGUUUUCUGCACAAGAUUUGAUGUUUGAGAAAUUGUAAACCUUGUUAAUGUAUUUUCUUGUCUGUUAAAUUUUGCAAUUAUAUGUAUUAUGUAAAGAUUAAAAGUUAGAACAGUCUUUUGUAUAGGAAUCUGGAUUGUAUAUUGAGGUGCAAUGCGAGCACGCGAGAGUUUGUAGCAGUUUAAGCAUGCUUGUGCUGGUUGUUGACUG